UCCACUGCGCAAGUAGGCACACUGAUUACCAAAAUGGCGGACACGUUGGUGGAACUCGUGGAGGGCUGUCGUCUCCCUGUACUCAGGAAAAACCAAGAAAAUGAAGACGAAUGGCCUUUGGCUGAAAUUCUCAGCGUCAAGGAGGUCCCUGGGAAAAAGCUCUACUAUGUUCACUAUAUUGACUUCAAUAAGCGUCUGGAUGAAUGGGUCACUCCUGAUCGCCUCGACAUGAAAAAGCUCCAGUUUCCUAAGAAGGAGGCAAAGACACCCACGAAGAAUGGUCUGCCUGGCUCACGGCCCAGCUCUCCAGACAGAGAUGUGCUUCUGUUGAAGCAAGUCCCCACAAUUGUCAAAAAGGAUAUUAAGAGGAAGAGUCUAGAUCUCAACCUUCAAUCUGCUUCAGCUCCUUCCAGAGGCAAAACUCUUCCCACACCGAAACGGAAAGCAGAGUCCGUCUCCUUGACAUCCCAAGGCUCUGCGGCGCCGUCAGUACCUUCUCUCCCGAGCUCUGCCGAGGCCCCCCAGGCGUCCGUCUUCCCAGCUGUGGUUCGGGAGUCCUUCAGCAAUAAGUCCAGAGAAGAGCACGAGCAGCUCACGGUAGCAGCCUACUCAGCCCCUCACCCCUCUGUCUCGCAGCGUCCGCAGGCGUGGUUAUCAACGAACGGCACGACCCGUCGUCUCGUCCCGUCUCAGCCUGGCCGGAAGCGGAAGAACUGUGGCACAGAUGAGAUGAUAAAGGUAUUCCAGUAUAACAGCCCCCGCAGUGCCAGUGCCUUUCUGCCACCAGGAGAGGACUCGCAGGACAGCCUGGACGGAAUCCCCUCCGCGCCCCGUAUGACCGGCAGCUUGGUGUCGGACCGCAGCCAUGACGAUAUCGUCACACGCAUGAAGAAUAUCGACUGCAUCGAGCUUGGCCGCCACCGGCUCAAGCCGUGGUACUUCUCACCAUACCCCCAGGAACUCACCACGCUGCCCAUCCUCUACCUGUGCGAGUUCUGCCUCAAGUACCUCAAGAGCCUGAAGUGUCUGCAGAGGCACCUGACGAAAUGCAACCUUCGGCACCCCCCAGGAAAUGAGAUCUACCGCAAAGGAACCAUCUCCUUCUUCGAAAUCGAUGGAAGGAAAAACAAGACAUACUCCCAGAAUUUGUGUUUAUUGGCAAAGUGCUUCCUGGACCAUAAGACGCUGUACUAUGACACAGACCCCUUCCUUUUCUACGUAAUGACAGAGUAUGACUCCAAGGGCUUUCACAUAGUCGGCUACUUCUCUAAGGAGAAAGAGUCAACGGAGGAUUAUAACGUGGCUUGUAUUCUGACAUUACCACCAUAUCAGAGGAGGGGUUACGGCAAAUUGCUGAUAGAGUUCAGUUAUGAGCUGUCGAAGGUGGAGGGGAAGACGGGCACCCCGGAGAAGCCCUUGUCAGAUCUCGGCCUGCUCUCUUACCGCUCCUACUGGUCUCAGACUAUACUGGAGAUCCUCAUGGACCUCAAAUCGGACAACGGAGAACGGCCACAAAUUACCAUCAAUGAAAUUAGUGAGAUAACCAGUGUGAAGAAAGAGGAUGUAAUAUCAACGCUACAGUACCUAAACCUCAUUAAUUACUACAAGGGUCAGUAUAUUCUCACGCUCUCGGAGGACAUCGUCGACGGGCACGAACGUGCCAUGCAGAAGCGACACCUCCGCAUCGACCCCAAAUGCCUCCAUUUUACUCCGAAGGACUGGAGCAAGCGUGGCAAGUGGUAGACAUGCAGAGGACACUGUGAACCCCUAACAGCCAGGCUCGGAGCGCUCCGGAAAGCCAGAGCGAUGGUGAACCCCUGACGGGCAGGCUCAGAGCGCCCCGGAAAACUGGCGCGAUGGUGAACCCCUAACAGCCAGGCUCGGAGCCCUCCAAAAGACUGGAGCGACGAUCCCUGACAAAAUAACACGCCUCACACUUAAUAGGACUUUUGCUGUAAUCAGAAUCAACAAAAGAAACUUCAAAAUAUUAGGGGAAAAAAAUCCUGUUGAAGAAGGAACUCUUGCCCAUUGUUCUAGUGGUAGUUCUUAUAUGAUAAACAAGCAUCAUCAGACUCUGUCGUGUGUCGUCACUUUGUGCACUUUAUGCUUACAUGAGCACAACAAUUUGGCCUUUGCUUAAACCAAGACAGUGGCGUUGUGUCGUCUUUGAGAAGUUGCUUUUUCAAAGGUGCUUUGUAGCUCUGUGCCAUCUUUCACAGCCACCCUUCCCUCCGAUUAGCGGGGUUUUGUCCAUAUUCAUUGGACUUUCUAUUUGCCCGUUCAUCAGGUUCAUACUGAAUGCAUUAAUUGAUCCAUUUAUAAAGUAUACUUUUCUUAUUACUCUUGUAUUGCAAUGUUUAAACGUAUAAAAUCAAAUGACUAUCUGCUAUAAAAUCAAAUGUAACUGCUUUUGGUCUUGAGGGGCGUUUCCUCCGAGCACAGCCGCCUGUGGAACCACCGUCGCAGACUUAGCAAGCUAACGUGAUGUUUGUUCGUUAGUGAGUGUACAUAAUGUAGCUCUUCUAUCUCUCUCUCUUUUGUAAUGGAAGUUUUUAAAAGUGAUGUCUGUGCAAAUUUAAAAACUGCAUGGGGAUGUUCAUAAAAGAAGCCAUGUUGAACUGUUACAAGAUGUACAUUUGGAUACCUGUACAGAUGUCGAUCGUUUUUCUUUAAUGAAUGUAAACCAUCCAACACUCAUA